AUGUAUGCGAAAUGUGGCUGCAUAGAGACAGACAGACAUACAGCUCUGGAGGUUUUUUAUGAAACGGGGGACAGAGACGCUGCUUCUUGGACAUCGCUUAUCUACGGUCUUGCCGUGAACGGGAUGUCAAGGAGAGCGAUGGACUUGUACUACAAGAUGGAAAGGGUUGAUGUCAGAUCAACGUUUGUCUCGCUCUUAACAGCUUGUAACCACGGUGGGUUUGUAGGAGAAGGACGUAGAGUUUUCUAUUCGAUGAUCCAGCCUAAAACAGAGCACUAUAGCUGUAUGAUUGACCUACUAUGCAGAGCUGGUUGUUUAGAUGAAGCAGAGGAACUGAUAGAUAAGAUGAGUGAUGAAAGCGGUGGAGCUUUAGUUCAUGUGUACUGCUCUUUGCUAAGCGCUACUCCUCGGAACUAUGGGAAUGUGGAGUUAUCUGAAAGGGUAGCGGAGAAGCUGUAG